GCUGUCUCUGUGGAAAUGGAAAGGUGGACUACAAAAAAGGCAUCAGCGGUACGAGGCGAGGUGCCCUGGUUUCUACCCGGCAGCGAAAGAGAAAUCCGUGCCUAUAAAGAGGCAGCUUUUGUCACCAGCAACCACAGCAGAACAACGCUAGACGACAUGAAACUGCUAAUCCUCAGUGUUGUGUGUGUGGCACUUUGUGCCAUUGUAAAUGCACGCCCCCGCUUCAUUGCUAUUCCCCUGGAUGACGUUCAAUUUGUUGAAGUGGCAGACUUCUCGGCACCCCUAAUCAGAGUUGCCCGUCAAGCAGGUUUCCAGCCACGUGAAGCAGAAAAUGAUGCUGAGGAAAGCGGGCGCUUCCAGCGUGGGGCACAUGGAGGGGGUGGUGAUGGCCAUGACUACGUAGACUAUGGGGCUCACACCGGCCACCAUGGUGCUUUUGGGUGGUAUGCUGAUUUCCCUGUUCACAAGGGGCAUUAAACAAUUAUACGUCACUGACUAUAUUUGCUUUUAAAAUUAUUUAUGAGUUUGUUGUUUUGUAUUGUUUUCUUUUGUUGAAAAAUACACUUCCCUGUUUAUAUUCUGUGCUUUUUAUUACUGCAAACUGUGCAUGAACAGGUAUUUUAUGAACUUGACUGAUAUUAUUUGUAAAAUGUAAUGUAGGAUGUCCAGGUUAAGGUACAGCAUGGAAACCUUUAUCCUAAAGAUUUUACUGCUGAUGAAAGAAUAACAUUAUUAUACAUUUUAAAAGAUGUAAUCUAACAAAAACUGAAAAUUAAGUUGUGAACCCACAUCUUUUUAUUUGAAAAUGUUUGUAUUAAUACCAAUUACAGAAUCUGUUAUACCAA